AUGUGCUCUCUGAUUUACUCUUCCUUUCUCCACUGCCCUCUCCCUCAUCAACUCAUUCCCCAGACCAUCUGUUUCAUCUCCAACCUGAAGGCCCUUGCCAAGUACACAAUGUAUAACCCAUACUACUCUUCUCCCCCCACAUCCCGCCCCUUCUUUCCCUCCCUCCCUCUCCCCCAGACCAUCUGUUUCAUCUCUGUCCUCGCCGACUUCAAAGGCCCUUGCCAAACCAUCUGUUUCAUCUCCAUCCUCACCGACUUCAAGGCCCUUGCCAAGUGCAACCUGCGCCAGUUGUGCCUCCCCCAGGAGGAACCCAAGCCCGGUGCUGCCAAUGCUUCUGGGAAGGCCAAGCCUGCUGCUGCUGGAGAAGAAAAACCCGAUGCUGGUGAUGCUAGUGAUAGUGAUGACGAGGGUGGUGGUAAUGCUGCUGGUGAUACCACUCAAGCCUGA